AUGUGCCGAUACACACUUUCUACCUGUCCCUACCCAGACCAUGAUCCAAUCGCUGCCCUCAUAUUCAAUCCGAAUAAAGCUGAAACUUGGCAUGCUUGUGACGAGCCAAAGCCGUGGGGCCGGUUGAGCUGCGGCAACCUCAGUAUCGAACAUCCAGCAUAUCCUACAGCGACCGCUAUAUGUCUUCUACCUACUCGUAUCCUCGCUCCACGAUCCAACACUAUCGAAUGUGGAAACGAAAAGCGCGAGCGUUCAUUCAUUGACGUAAAACCAAGCUCGUCCCGCACCCCUGCCAUCGCUGCAAACGGAGACGAGGUCAAACCCCAAAGUGCUCAGUGCCUUUUAUGUACCACAGUGCUCAAGUUGGUCUCGACAAAAUCCAAGGAACUUCAAAAUACUGCACGUCAAUCUCUGGCAGAGCUCGAAGAAGCGAUGAGCAACAAUGCCGAAGUAAGGAAGAUGCAGAAAGCAGUCAUGGACAAGAUGAUGGAAUUGGAGACUUUGAGACGUGAGACCUGGAAAUUGACACACACUUUGCUUGUCAAGGAAAAUGACAAACUCAAUACAACAGGCCAAGAUCGAGGC